AUGGAGGGGAUGAGGAUGGGUUCCAUGACUAGAAUGGCUGACAGAAGGGUUGCCAGCAUAAGAUGGACUGAUAUGGUUGGCCCUCGAAUUUCAAAAAUUAUUGAGAAGAUUGGCAAAAGAACUUAUGAAUACAUAGCACACAUGUCUGGGGAGUUUUUGUACCAAGUGGCUGGAGGCAUGUAUGGGAACAAGCAUGUUGUUGAUUUGGGCAUGCAUACAUGCACAUGCUGGAUGUGGCAACUAAGUGGAAUCCCUUGUGUCCAUGCAACAUGCGCUAUAUUUGCAAAGAAUUUGGAACCUAGCAUGUUUGUGGACAAUUAUUUGUUACCCUCUACUUAUCUUGAUGUAUAUGAUCCUAACAUCUACCCCAUUGUUGAAGAUGAUGAUUAA